CAGUUGGAAAAAGAAAACUACUACUACUAGUAAAACAUCUGUUUAUUAUUUUGUUGUGAUUUUGUUAUGUUGUUAUGUUGUUAUUUUUUGACAUGUUUCAAUUCGUUUACUCGUUUAGAAACUUGUAUUUAUAUACUAUUGUUUUGAUCUCCUCUUUUGAGAAAAUAGGCUGGAUAUAAGAUUAAAACAGUACCGUACAUAAAAAUCAAUUUAAAAUGUAAUUUUUACGAUUUACGGAAAUAUUUAAAUCUAUAAACAGCACAAAACACAACUUUUAACCAAAAAUAAUUUAUAGUUUCGGUUACAAUAUGGAAUUUGAAGUAAAAAGUGAAAUAAACAAUGAGGUUCUUCUAUGCCGCACUUGUUUGAAUGGGGAACAGAAGUUGAAACCAUUAGGGCAAUUAUCUGCUAUUUUUCGAAAAUUAUUUUCGGAUUGCAAAGGCUUAUUCGACUUGGAAAUGAUUGAAAUAUGUUUGGAAUGCGAAGCCAUGCUGAAAAGGAUUGACGAUUUUUACAAUCGUGUGCAAAGAGCUAUCGGACUAUUGUUGAGUGGAACGAAAUUCAAGAGUAGCUCUCUCUCGUUCCCGGAAACAACGAAGCAAUGCGUGCAAACAGAAUGUGUAGAGUUAAAAAGAGAAUUUAACAAAGAAGCUUCUGUAGUUUUAGAUGCGGAAGAAAUUGAAAAUAAAAAGCAGAGAAUGAAAAAGCAAAGUAACUGGGCGAGAAGACGAGCCUUAUUAAACAAAAAGCCCAAAUAUGUAAUAAUAAAAUUACAAGAGAACACAAUGUUUAAGAAGAAGAGAUUCAACAACGUUGACGAAUUGAAUUCAUUUCUGAAUACCCACAGAUGCAGUGAUCUUUUUAAAGGGAAAGAGUUCAAAUGUGAAUCUUGCGUGUACUUUUUCAAAAAUAAUAGGUUACUGGAGAGUCAUAACAAGAGAUAUCACAAUAAGAGAUUGUCAUACAUCUGUGAUAUCUGCGAGUCGAAUUUUCCCGACAAGCUUCGCCUGAAGAUGCACAUCGCCAGCCAUUUUGACGUUUACGAAUGUCAGUAUUGCCGACAGAUAUGUCAGGGUGACAGCUCGAAAGGUAGACACGUCAGAGAGCACGGCGCAGUGUUGCAGUGUUUGAAAUGCGACGCUAAAUUUAGCGAGCGUCGUGACUUCUACGCGCACCACAGACGGCUCCACGAGAUUUUCGUCUGUCAUCACUGCGGAGUGUCCUUCAAAAUGAGAAGGAGACACGCCCCGAAGAAGUGCACGUGCUGCAAUAAGACGUUCGCCCGUUACAAGUCGCUGUGGAUGCACACGAGGUUGUCGCACGCAUCCGCCGUGCCCGCUUACUGCGUGGAGUGCGACAAGCACUUCACCGACGUGUACAAAUACAGAAGACACUUGAACGGCCCGAAACAUAAGCCGGGGAAGAAGCGGAGGAUCCCAUGUCCGAAUUGCGGCAAGGUCUUCAGUAAAAACAUAUACAUGAAGAACCAUUACGAUUUGGUUCAUUUGAAGAAGAUUCACAACAGAUGUGAAGAGUGCGACAAGAACUACUUAAGGAAGGCGGAUCUGUUGAAGCACAAGCUGAGGAUCCACGAAGGGGUCUCGCCGCCUCGGAAUAAGAUCUGCGGCGUCUGCAGUAGGGGAUUCACGACGAACAGAAUACUCGCGAAUCAUGUCCGCACGCACACAGGCGAACGUCCGUAUUCGUGUGCGAUCUGCGCCGCCACGUUCACGCAGAACUCUGCGCUGUCAACUCACGUUCGAUCGAAGCAUAGAGACGUGUGAGAUUCUUCUUAAGGGACUUUAUGACAUGGUAACUAAGACUUUUAGGUCAAGCAUUAUUUUAAUUUUAAUGGAAACUGCACUAUAUGAAAAUUGAUAUUGUGAAAUGAAAUGAAGUUGAUUAAUAUAAAACAUGGCAUGAAAUGAAAUAUGAAAUGUUAUUGGAUGAAAUAUUAUAUAAUCUCAGUAAAAUGGUGGUCGUUUACGGAGACUUUUUCAGUGGACUUUUUGGAGGAUCCCGAGAAGUUAGGAAGUUACGUUCAACGGUUUUAUUUAGUUUUUCCACAUUUGUGCACUUUCACAGAUUAAUAAACCACCGUUAUUACACAUUUAAACCUGAAGAAAUACUAAAUAGACAACAAAUCAUACAACUUCACUCCUCGCGUUCCCGCCAAAAAGUCUCGUGUGAAAUUCAUUCGCGAAGCAGCUGCUCUUGAGUUGUUAGGUCUCCUUCGGAGGCGCUCGGGCAGCUGUAAGCUAAUCCCACCCCUCCUGGCUGAGCAUUUGCUCGUCCACCGGUCCUGCUGCAACUGGAAAGGCCUCCGAGCCACUAGUAAUGCUUCGAUCAUAAAAAAGAGAGGUAUGAGCACAGAGCUUCUCAAAGUUUUAUUCUAAACGGAAAUCUUUGUUUCGGCCUGUUGUGGACAUAAAUGUCGCUCUAAAGGAGAUAUCUCACGGAGUCCGGUCGGGGACGUGUUGCCAGUUGAAUUUUACAUUGUGCUUGCUAGCUGACUACAAGAAUUUUUAUAGAAAAUUACAAAUAAUAAAAUAAAGGUAAUAGAAUUGAAAUUGAAUCUUAUAAAGCAGUUUAAUAAUAAGUAUUUGUAAAAAAAAAGAAGCGUUAUCUGGUUUUUGUUACGUUCGCACUUAAUAGUAAUUAAUUUUGAAAUAAAAAUGACAAAAUAAAUUAAUAAAUCAUUUGUAACAA